AAAACUCAGUUUUCAAUUGUGAGGCCAAAGAGAGGUUUUGGGUUAAUUUAGUGAGAAAAAUAUAUAGAAGAUGGUUGCAAGAACCCCACAAAAGCAGAGGAAAGUGGCGAUGGUGGUGCCUCCUCUCAACUCAGAUCUUCUCAAGGAAACAAUCAACAAGGUUGACAAAUGUAUGGAAAGACUGCAAGAGUUACAGUACACAAUUGCAGGAGGAACUAAAGUUGUCUCUGGUGUGAACCUUAGCCCUCGAAGUACUAGAAUUUACUUGAAGACUAGUCUUAGAUGCAAGCAAGAAACUUUAAGGAUCAAGAGUGCUACUAAUAAGAAAUCUCCAGCAGGGAAGUUUCCAGCUUCCUCACCAGGAGAUUGGAGAAAAAUGUCACUCCCAGCAAUGCUACUAGGAGAGACUGUAAAUGAAAUCUUACAAGCCUCACAGGUCACAAGAGACAUUGUAGAAGCCAUAGCACCAAUGAAGAGUAGAAAGUCCAGGAGAUUAACAAUGUCACACGAAGACGAUGGCCCUAAAACACCCGAGACAGAACGAAAAUCCCGGGAACCGAAUCCUGAAACUGGUAGCAGCAAUAUCAAAGCGAGAAGGAAGAAAGAGAAGCAGAACAGACGAUCCGAAUCAGAUUCUCCUCCAUCUCAACAAAGGGCACGCUCAAGAAUUGCGUUCAGAACCGUGUCUCCACAGAAAAUAGCAGGGAAGGUUCAGGAAAAGGGAAAUGGUGAGAAUAGUUUUCGUCAUUUGGCUAACAGGGUUUCACCAAAGCACAAACCUUGGGUUAAAAAGGCGGUUCUUUUUCCGAACCCUCUGUUUAUUUCUGGUACCACUACACAACAAGCCAAGUUCAGUAGAACAAUGUCUCCGGUCAUAGCCAGAAAUGAGAUAUCCAGCAUCAAGAACAAUAAAGAGACGCCUCACAAGUUCUUGAUCAAAUCUCCUCCCACAUCAGCAUCUAAGUUUCAGGUCAAGAUCAGGAGCCCACCUAAGGUCUUGAUUUCUCCUACAAGAAACGGCAGUAACUUGGUUCGGAGGUCACCUAAAGGCUCCAGUUCUCCGACAAGAAACGUUAACAUAGGAAAGAAGUCGCCUACCGCUUCGAUUUCUCCUAUUAGAAACUUGGGAAAGAAGUCUCCAAAGCUGUCAACUGCUGCUAAGCUCAGAAGAUCAUUUACUCCUACGAGAAAUGGCAGUAACUUGGCCCGUAAGUCGUCCAUUUCUCCGAAAAGAGUCACGCUUCAAGCAUUUCUUUCUCCCACAAGAAAUGGUAACUUUUGUAAGACGUCACCCAAAGCUUUGAUUUCUCCGCCUAGGGUGUGCAAUAAGUCGCAGAAGCUGUCAACGGCUGCAAAACUCAGGAGGUCAUUUUCGCCAUCAAGACUAGCUAUGAGGUUGGUCUCUCCAAUGAAGAGCAGGAAAAGUGUAGCCAAGUGUGAUGAUCAUGAGAUGGUGAGUGGACUGAAACAGCGUCCGGUUUUAGUUCCCAAGAGAUUCUCGAUGGGGAGAAUCUAAUAUAAGAGAGAGUUUUUAAAUGAAAGAAGAUAUAUUCUUUUAGUUUUUGAUGCGUUUGUGUAUUGUUGAUAAGUUAUUCUUUCAGAUGUUUGAUCGUCAAGAGAAAACUUUAAUUUAUUAAGUGGAAUUACUUUUGAUCAAGUGUGGGUGUAAUUUGAGGUAUUAAAGAUAUCUUUUUAUC